AUGUCUCAUCCUAUCGCAAUCAUUACUGGUGCCGCGUCUGGCAUCGGCCUUGCCGUGACGAAGAGUCUCAUCGCUAAGGGGUGGCGUGUGGUGAUGGCCGACGUUGAUGGAAAGCGAGGAAAGGAGAUUGCUGCGGAAUUGGGACAGAAGGUGCUGUUCUACACAACCGACGUGAGCUCAUACGAACAACAGGCGAAGCUUUUCAAGGCGGCCUUCGACUGGGGCGAGAAUCGCCUCGAUUUCUUUGCAGCAAACGCCGGCAUCGCCGACACCGAAUUCCUUUACGAUGCCAAAGAGCACUUCGACGUUAAUGGCGUUCUCCAACCGCUCGACCUCCGGACAAUAAAUGUGGAUCUCAUAGCUGUAAUACAAGGAAUCUGGCUGUUUAAGCAUUAUGCCCGCCGAAACAAAAUCCCCGGCGGGAAGGUUGUCAUAACUUCCUCAGCGGCGGGACUAUAUGCUAUGGAAACGAACCCCCUGUACACAACUGCGAAGCACGGACUUGUGGGACUAGCUCGAGGGCUGGGUCCUAUAUUCGCGAAGGAGAAUAUUCAUGUCAACGCCAUCUGCCCGGCGUUUGUGCCUACGGCCCUUUGCCCAGAGGAAAUGUUGGACCGCUUUCCGAAGGAGCAUAUUACGCCCAUGUCGACAGUCAUCAAGGUGUAUGACAAACUCAUUAGCGACAGCAGCAUCUAUGGUCAGACGGUGGAACUGAGUCUGGACCAGCUAUACUUCCGGACUAAGCCUGACUAUCCGAAUGAGAGCCAGCGAUGGUUAGGAGAGGAUUCUGCUGCUUUCUGGGAAGAGGCGUACAAGGAGCCUAAAUAG